GUAUAUACUCCUCCAGGCACUCCGAUACUGUGCGAAACCCGGUGGGUUACAUCAGUAUCGUCCCACUCGGCAAAGCACCUAUGGCAUACCUCGAGCGCACAUGAAGAGCACGAAAGAUAGACGGCCGUGAUCGUCGUCCGACAUACAUCACAAGUCUGGCGGGUGCCGAGAUGCAAGUCCCGGUAGAUCACUGGCGCUGCAGAGCACAAGAGAGCCGGAUGCUGGCCGUAUCCGUCAUAUGCACUAUCGGUCAUUGUGCGCAUUGUCUCCAGCGACGGCUUGAAUGCCUUGACAAUCAGUGCGCGUGCCCUGGAAGUCCCAGACUCAGUGGCCGACUCGGAUGGCUCCGGGUUGAUAUGGUUCAGGGCCGGAAUCGAGGGGUCAGUCUGCGACUGGAGAAUCGGCGAAUACACGUACCGAUCCCGCGUGCUGCCGUCAUCCAUCUCGAUGUGCAAGCGAAUGAACCUGCGGAUUCCACUGAAGCGGCAGAAGCAUUCGGUCUUGCGCAUCAGGCAGCUUUUGCACUGAGGCAGGCCAUAUCCCUCUGAACUCAAACAAGUUAGUGACUGAGUGUCCAAAGAGAUGUCAGCACUGCGGCAGCCUCUCUGCUCCAUGAGCCACGGCACGUAUUUUGCCUGCUGAAGCUUCAAAAACACCUCUGGGUCGACCAGUGUGGGGAACCCAUCAGCCUCGUACUCAUGCAGGC